AUAUAAAUUCACAUAUUUCUUCUUCCAUGUCGUCUCUCGGAAAGUACUGGAAGUCAUCUCUCUUUCUCUCUGUCCCUCUCCGUCUCUAUCUUUGUUUCUUCCUUCGAGAGAUCCCUAAAACACAUCAAUCUCCAAACCCUGAGUUUUCUGCUACGAUCGCAGUUUCUUUGAUUUGUUCUUUUCUUCUUUUAGCUUUCUUCAAAACUCUCUCUUUCUCCACCUGAAAGUUGAGAUUUUCGCACAUUCCGCUUAUCAUCGGCAUCGGCGUUGGCGACGUCUGAUUCUCGAUUCGUAGCGAUAGUUGCGUUCUUUUUGUUCUUUUAUAUUGUGAUUAUUGUGGGAACUGGCUUGAUUUGGGUUAUUGAUUGUGGUCGAUUUGGAAAUUGGAGGACGAAGAAGAAGCGGGUUUAGGAAACUGGGGUUAUUGGGGAUGAGAAUUGGAGGAUGAACGAUGCCGGUGCUGCGUAGCGGAGCGCGCAGGGGCCGGGCAGCGAAGCCUAAUCCGAUCGAAGAAUCGGGCGAGGCGAUUGCGACGAGGACUCGAAGAAGGCGAGCGCAACAGCAGCAGCAGCAACAACAACAGCAACAUAAGAAUAAACAGCUGCCGCAACAACAACGGCAACGGACGCAUCCGAUCAAUGAGAACGUAGUGGCGGCUGCGCGAGCGGCGGUAGCUGUGGCACCGUCGCAGGAGGAACAUAGGGUUUUUGAAGAAGCUCGUAGGGUCGGUGACGGUGGAGCGGAGGAGAAGGAAGAGGAGGAAGUAGGGGAGAAGCAGAUGGAUGAAUACAAUAGUGAAGGAAGCACAGCGCCACUUCCUGAAAAGGUUCAGGUUGGUGGUUCCCCAGUGUACAAAAUAGAAAGGAAGCUGGGAAAGGGAGGAUUUGGACAAGUGUAUGUUGGUCGUCGUGUCACUGCUGGUCCUGGAGCCAUAGAGGUGGCCCUGAAAUUUGAGCAUAGAACUAGCAAAGGAUGUAAUUACGGACCGCCAUAUGAGUGGCAAGUGUACAACACCCUUGGUGGCAGUCAUGGGGUACCACGAGUACAUUACAAGGGCCGGCAAGGUGACUAUUAUGUAAUGGUCAUGGACAUACUGGGGCCAAGCUUGUGGGACGUUUGGAAUACUACUCCUCACCCAAUGCCUGUUGAAAUGGUUGCUUGUAUUGCCAUUGAAGCAAUUUCUAUAUUGGAGAAGAUGCAUUCUAGAGGGUAUGUACAUGGGGAUGUAAAGCCUGAGAACUUUUUACUUGGUCCUCCUGGGACUCCUGAUGAGAAAAAACUUUUUCUAGUUGAUCUUGGAUUAGCUACUAGAUGGCGAGAUGGUACAACUGGUUCACAUGUUGAGUACGAUCAAAGACCAGAUGUUUUCAGGGGUACUGUUCGAUAUGCCAGUGUGCAUGCUCAUCUAGGGAGAACAGGUAGCAGGAGAGAUGAUUUAGAAUCUCUUGCUUAUACACUCAUUUUCCUUCUUCGGGGUCGACUGCCCUGGCAAGGAUUUCAGGGAGAAAACAAAGGGUUCCUUGUUUGCAAGAAGAAGAUGGCAACGUCUCCAGAAGCUCUGUGUUGUUUCUGUCCACAGCCUUUCAGACAGUUCAUUGAAUAUGUGGUGAAUUUGAAGUUUGACGAGGAGCCUAAUUAUGCAAAAUAUGCUUCUCUCUUUGAUGGGAUUGUCGGUCCAAAUCCAGAUAUAAGGCCAAUUAACACAGAUGGUGCACAGAAGCUUAUAUGUCAGAUUGGUCAUAAGAGAGGCCGUUUAGCUAUAGAGGAUGAAGAGGAUGAACGGCGAAAAAAGAAGGUGCGGAUGGGAAUGCCUGCUACACAAUGGAUUAGUGUUUACAAUGCUCGCCGACCUAUGAAGCAAAGGUAUCAUUAUAACGUGUCAGAUGUGAGGCUUUCUCAGCACAUUGAGAAAGGAAAUGAAGACGGCUUAUUUAUCAGCAGUGUAGCUUCGUGUCAAAAUCUAUGGGCCCUAAUAAUGGAUGCGGGUACUGGUUUCAGUGCACAAGUGUAUGAACUCUCACCCAUUUUUCUUCGCAAGGAGUGGAUAAUGGAGCAUUGGGAGAAGAACUACUAUAUUAGUGCAAUAGCAGGAGCUAACAAUGGGAGCUCUUUAGUAGUAAUGUCCAAGGGUACGCAGUAUUUACAGCAGUCAUACAAAGUUAGUGAGUCAUUUCCUUUCAAGUGGAUAAACAAAAAAUGGAGAGAGGGGUUUUAUGUUACUGCAAUGGCAACCUCUGGGAGCAGAUGGGGUGUCGUCAUGUCUCGUGGUGCAGGAUUUUCUGAGCAGGUUGUUGAACUUGAUUUUCUUUAUCCUAGUGAGGGUAUUCAUCGACGGUGGGAUUGUGGAUUUCGCAUCACAUCAACUGCAGCAACUUGGGACCAGGCUGCUUUUGUUCUUAGUGUGCCAAGAAGAACGCCUUCAGAUGAAACACAGGAGACACUUCGAACUUCUGCUUUUCCUAGUACACAUGUCAAGGAGAAGUGGGCCAAAAAUCUAUACAUUGCAUCGGUUUGUUAUGGUCGAACAGUCUCUUGAGCUGACUAGCACACUGGCAGAGGUGUCUCGUAACACUGCUUUGGAUGUGCUGUUCUGCCAAUCACAUAGCUGGCUGGGCGGUACACGCGCUAAAGCCUGGUUUUCAGAACUGGGUUCCAGGCUAGAAAAUUUUUGACAGAGUUCAAACUUCCAAUUAAUUGUAAUCAGGAGUGUAAAAGCUUUUAUCUAAGACCUCACGAUGCCUUUGCAGCGUGGUAGUUCUUUCUCCCUGAUUGUCCAUGAUUAAUGGAAAAGCCCAAAGCGAUGAUGGGUUUGUUACCUAUAGUUUGUAUAGAAGCUUUCAAUAAUAAGUACUUGGUUCAGGGCAAA